CCAGGCCGCUGAAGCGGAACGUGCAAACUUAACCGCUGCACCACCAGGCUGGUCCCUCUUCACAGUUUUUUAAUCUCCUCUGUGUUAAAUAUCUCUAGUGGACCACUAUAGCCCUUACAGACCUCUGUUCUUGAGGGGCCCUGUGGUCCUGGGGGCUAGGUUUAGAUUGACCCAGUGCGUCUUCUCUGAUACUCACCCCAGAGAUCUCUGCCUGAGGAUUCAGUACAGAAAUGUCCCAAGGAGCUACAGCCUCAGGCUUGAGAAUUACAGGGAAGUGAGUUGAGGCAGGUUCAGAAAACUCAAGAUCCUGAAGCCUAGAACUGGUACCUGGAUACUCUAUGCUGGACCCAGGGAUUUUAAUCAAAAUCCAGCCCCAGGUCUUUUCACGGGACAAAAGAUGCCCUUGACCGAUCAUGGAUCAGUCUUGUCCCUGUGCUGAGCUUGGCAGCACGGUCUCCCCCAGAAGUCUGGCUAGGAACAUGUUCGGGCCCUGCCUGCCCUCAAAGGUGGCCCUUUUCAGCUCCGUUCUCCCGCAGCAGGAGGCUAGGAGCUGCCAUUUUGGAGAAAGUGAGGAGAUUAGGGUCACUGGCUCUCAGGACCUCACAGAUCAUCUUCCUGAGACACGAGGUGGCCCAGACCUUGGGAAUAAACCUUUUUGACCUUUGUGGGAUCUGGCUGUGAGAGAGUCCCAAAAUAACAAUCUGAGUGUUUAUCUUGGACUGUCUUCUCUCCAGGGAUCUCCAAACACUUGAGAAAUCUGAUCUGGUGCCAAGGACAGGUGGUCAGACAGUCCCUGGGAGACUGAGUGAUGAUGGGUCCCCAGCUGGAGGCUGCAGGGUGAUGGAAAAUUUCUUCUCUCUGCCCCCCUCAUCAUCUACCCUCUAGCCAGAAACUACAGAGAUUCUCUCAGGUCCCACCAGUGCCGCUCUUAACGUUUUGUUUUAUAGGGCCCUGCUUCCGUGGAGCAGCCCCCGGUCAGCAGUUCUGUUGACCCACGCCUCUGGUUGUGACAGGUCUUGACUUGUUCCUGGAGAUCAUGCUCUUGUCUCCAUUCUUGCAGGCUUUCUGGAUGGCAGUGCACACCUUGGUUACACUGUGGAGUUUUUAAAUCGGUUCUGCAAACCCAGAGUGAGCCAGAGAGCAUACACACCCAGGGAGCCCGGGGUGACAGAUUGGAUGUGACUAGAAUCCAAGCCCUCUGUGAAAAGUUGGCAGUGCCCCUUCCUGUUCGGUGACCUGUAUCCCUUUCCAUUUAAGGAGGAAAACUUUAUUAAACUUAUUUCUCCAAACACUUGAGAAAUCUGAUCUGGUGCCAAGAACAGGUGGUCAGACCUGUCCUUGAGAAAGAUUUUAAAUUUAUCUCUCGGCCUGUGACAGUUUGGGAGCAUGACUUCACCAAGUUACUGCAAGGACAAAGCCAUCUAGAGCCCAAGGCUGCCCACCUUCCAUCUCCUGCCACUGCCCUUGGCUUGUGCACGUGCCCUGCUCUGAUUCUCUGCCUAGGAAAGGACCAUGCAGCUGGAGAUCAAGGUGGCCCUGAACUUCAUCAUCUCCUACUUGUACAACAAGCUGCCCCGGCGCCGGGCAGACCUCUUUGGGGAGGAGCUAGAACGCCUCUUGAAAAAGAAAUAUGAAGGCCAUUGGUACCCUGACAAGCCACUGAAGGGCUCUGGCUUCCGCUGUGUCCAUAUUGGGGAGAUAGUGGACCCUGUGGUGGAGCUGGCCGCCAAGCGGAGUGGCCUGGCAGUAGAGGAUGUGCGGGCCAAUGUGCCUGAGGAGCUGAGUGUCUGGAUUGACCCUUUUGAGGUGUCCUACCAGAUUGGUGAGAAGGGGGCUGUCAAAGUCCUGUACCUGGAUGACAGUGAGGGCUGUGUUGCCCCAGAGCUGGACAAGGAGAUCAAGAGCAGCUUCAACCCCGAUGCCCAGGUAUUUGUGCCCAUCGGCAGCCAGGACAGCUCCCUGUCCAACUCCCCAUCGCCAUCCUUUGGCCAGUCACCCAGCCCCACGUUCAUCCCCCGCUCUGCCCAGCCCAUCACCUUUACCACUGCCUCCUUCGCUGCCACUAAGUUUGGCUCCACCAAGAUGAAGAAGGGUGGUGGGGCAGCGAGUGGUGGGGGUGUGGCCAGCAGCGGGGCAGGUGGCCAACAGCCCUCCCAGCAGCAGCCGCGCAUGGCCCGCUCUCCCACCAACAGCCUGCUGAAGCACAAGAGCCUCUCUUUGUCUGUGCAUUCACUGAACUUCAUCACGGCCAGCCCCGCCCCUCAAUCCCAGCUCUCGCCCAAUGCCAAGGAAUUUGUGUACAACGGCGCUGGCUCUCCCAGCCUCUUCUUCGAUGGGGCUGAUGGCCAGGGCAGUGGCACCCCAGCCCCCUUUGGGGGCAGUGGGGCUGGCACCUGCAACAGCAGCAGCUUUGACGUGGCCCAGGUGUUCGGAGGUGGCACCAACAGCCUCUUCCUGGAGAAGACGCCCUUCGUGGAAGGCCUCAGCUACAACCUGAACACCAUGCAAUAUCCCAGCCAGCCGUUCCAGCCUGUGGUGCUGGCCAACUGACCACCCACCUGCCUGCGGGGCCAGGAGCACCCAAGACCACAGAAAAGAGAAAGGAAAGGAAAGGCCAAAAAAAAAGGAAAAGAAAAAUAUACAAAAAGAUGUCCAAUCUUCUCACUCUCACUUCUAGAAAAAAGAUCCAGCCCAGGCAUGGAAGGGGAGGGGCUCCCGAAGCACCCGAUCGUGUUUAACUCAACCCCCCUGCUGUUUUCCUGCCUGCCUCUGAUUUAUUUGGUUGGUUUGGGUUUUAUAUUUCUUUUUUUUUUUUUACAUGUAGUUUUCUAUAUAACAUAUUUAAUUAGUGGCUUCCUGUGCUAAGAAUGGUCCAGAUGUGAAUUGCUGCUCCCUGCUCCCUCCCUCCCUCCUUUACACGCCUGGUUUAGGAUUGGUGUGUCCAAGCUCACAGGGAAGGAAGAGCCGCAGCUGGGGCCUGGCCCUCCCCAGAACAGGGAGAGGCUGCCCUGUGUCACUGCCUCUGUCACCCAGCUAUCCUCUCACUCAAAGCCAUCCAACCUCAGCAGGCCUUCUUGGGCCCUGCCACCCAAAUAGGUCUGACCCCAGCCUCCACUCCCUCUCAGGCCUGGGCCACAGGGAGCUGCCGGCUGGCUGCUUGACACCCUCCCCCUAGAGCUGAAGUCUCUGACUCCAGGGAGGUUAGCACUCUGUCUAGUGGAAUUCCUUUCAUCUCUGUCCUAUGGCUCCACGCCACCAUCCCCAACUGGCCCAGCCUAUCAUCAUGGCCCUGGAGACCCAGCCGUUGACAUGUGGCCUCUCUCACACGGCCUCUUCUUCCCUGGGCCUGAGGUGGUGGUGGGGAGGUGGGACAAGUGUGGGUGGGGGGGUGUGCCUGCGCAUGUGCGUGGUUUGCCGUCCUGUUUUAAAGGAUUCCAAACCAUGUGGAACUUCCCCUCUGGGUGUGAUUCUGGGUUGAGCAAGUGCUUACUCAUGUUUGAGGUUGGGGAACGGGCCAGGGACGGCGUGUCAGUCCUCUUGUAGGGUGGUUCACGUGGUGGGGUGAGACUGCAGCUGAGCCUAAGACACUCCCAGGGGAAAGCACUGCAGAAGGAACUGGUUUCAGACUGCGGAGGGAUCUGCACUUUUGUUUGUUUUUGACCAAAAAAAAGGUUAGUGUGAGGGGCUGAGGGAAUAGCAAGCCUCUGAUGCCUAAGAAGCCCCUGAACUCAGACUCUCCUGUUGUGUGACCUUAGCCCGGGAUGGGAGCUGCUCACCUGAGCACCCUGGGGGGCGGGAGUUAGUCGGUGCCUGAAGUGGGCAGUCCUGAGCCUUGAGUUGAGACUUUUUGGUCUUUUGGUAUAGACAUUGUUUUAGUACAUUUCUGCCCUUGCCUGCUUGAGAACUUCUUGGUACCUCUUGCCAUCCCCUCACUGCCCGACCCAACCCCACUGGGCCCAGGAGUGGUUUCCUGAGCAAGCUGGGCUGAACAGGCGCUUGGCCGUCGCAGGUGGUGUGUUUGGCUUACAGAAGAGCACUCGCUCUCGCCUCUGCCGGGAGAGAAGUUGUUUCUCUGACCCAACCCUAGUGGGCCAGCUUCCAUGCCGUGAUGCUUUGGCAAGUGGGGUGCAUGGCAUCAGGGCCCCCCCACCAUCAGAAAGUACCAAAGUCCUUGGCACCCUACCCCACCCUCUCCGGCAACCCUCAAGUGGGCAACUGCUAUGGCAGUGGGUCCAGCCCAGACAGACACUGCCAGCCUCCUCCCUGCAGUGGGCACCAGCUCUACCUCCCCUAGCCAGGCAAUACCCUGGCUCCUCAGCCCAGCACCAUCUGUCCCCCUACACUUCUCAGGGGCCAGCCCAGGCCGGGCCACCCUCUCCCUAGCCCUCAGCUCCCACACAGGUCACGUGCCCAGGCAGAUGGCUGCUCUCUGGGAAAGGUUGGAUGCUGCCUUAUGCCCCUCCCAGCCCCCUCCUCCCACACUCGCGCACACAGGUACCGCCACACCUGGUUGGCUUGUUUCUCACCACACAGGGAGAGGGGGACUAGCCCCUAGUAUCUUUUGAAAUACGAGGAAAAAUGUGUGUUCAGGAGCAUGACUCCAGCGCUGGGCUCUUAGGCCUGGUUCAGUCUGUCUCGUCUCAAAUCUAGGCAUUUUUGCUUCAAUUUUAUUUUUUUUAAGGAAACAAAAACAAAAAUCUGCACUAAUUUACCUGGUUUCGUAGGAAAACUUUUUUUUUAUUUUUUACAUUUUUUGGUGUCCGUUUGUAUUGAAUAAUUUGCUACAUUUGUAAAAUGUAAGAGGUAUAUAUAAUAUAUGUAUAUUUCUAACGUAAAAAACGUAAUUUUUUUCUUUUCAAGAUUUUUUCUUAAAAAGAGGACAGAAAGAUAUUUUUUCAGGAAAAACAAACUUUAAAAUAAAAAAAGAGGAGACUAAAACCUAUUUCUCCCCUUUCCCCAUCCUCUCUCUAUCUACCCCUUUCCCAGGAACAAAUCAAAAGGUGGAUUGUCUUGUAAAGAAUGUAAGCUUUUAGUCCAGAAUGAUGAUUUUUCUCAAUGCAGUGAGCUAUAGAUUCUCUGGUUUGACCCCUAGGGACGGGAAGGGGGGCAUUGAGGCAAUGUGGAGAGGAGCUUGGGGGGGCAGGGUAAGGAACUUGUUUUCUUUAGUGAAGGAGGAAUACAAUCAAGCGUUUUGUAUUCAGAAUGUUGUGCAAUAUUUUGGAAUGGGACAUUGGUGUGUUAGAGGUUUAGUUUAAAAACAAAAGGAUUGAUCAAAUCUGUACAGUUUAUAUUGUUCCAGAUUUUUUUAAGUUUGUAUUAAAAGCAUGAUAUAUAAUAGC